AUGAACGCACCAGAUAGAUUUGAGCUUUUUCUCCUACCGGAGGGCGAAUCGAAGCUUAAAGUUGAACAAGACACUAAGGCUUCGAGUGCUAUAAUCGUUACAUUUGAGAAGGAAGACCAUACACUAGGGAAUCUAAUCAGGGCUGAGUUGCUCGAAGAUGAAGGAGUUCUUUUUGCUGCGUAUAAGGUGGAGCAUCCUUUGUUUGCUAGAUUCAAGAUGAGAAUACAGACGACAGAAGGGUAUGAUCCUAAGGACGCUUUGAAGAAUGCUUGUAAUAGUAUUAUUAACAAACUAGCGCAGCUGCAGGCUAACUUUGAGACGGAAUGGAACUUACAAACAUUGGCUACUGAAGACUACGGUAUUUAA